AUGCAGCUGCUGGUGGACGCGCUGGCCUCUUCGGUGCCCUCUAUCGGCAACGUGCUCGUGGUGUGCGCCUUCAUCUGGAUCAUCUUCGGCGUGGUGGGCGUGAGCGUGUUCGCGGGUCGCCUGCGGCACUGCGUCGACGCCCGGGGCCAGUCGCUCGACCCCGGCCUGGUGCCAGACCGCGCCACCUGCCACAUGCUGGGCUACUCGUGGACCAACGAGAACGUGCAGUUCGACAACCUGGGCGAAGCAUCGCUCGCGCUCCUCCAGGUAGCGACGUUCGAGGGCUGGAUCGAAGUCAUCGAGAAUGUGUUGGACAUCGAGGGCGUCGACCUGCAGCCACGGCUUGAGGCCAAUCCCUGGUCGCUUAUCUAUUUCGCCAUCUUCCUCGUAAUCGGCGCCUUCCUGGUAUUCAACCUGUUCGUCGGCGUCGUCAUCGACAACUUCUACGCCAAGAAGCGACAGUUGGAGGAGGACUAUUCGGAGCCUACGGCGAGCGAGGGCCAGCGCCGGUACGCUCGGUCACUCCGCCGGCUGCUUGCCCAGAGGCCCGUCAGCCUAGUUGCCAGGCCGGCCGGCAGGUUUCGGGGCUUUCUUUACGACGUGGCCGCCAGCAAGGAGCUGGCGGUGGCGUCUGCGGUGCUUGCCCUGCUGAAUGGCAUGCUGCUGGCCUCGGAGCGCUACGAGUGGAACGGGCGGCAGCGGGCGGCGCUGGGUCGGGCACACCUCGUCUUCCUGGUGGGACACGCCGGAGAGCUUCUGCUGCGCGCCGCCGCCACUGGCACCGCCUUCUUCGCCGUCAAAUGGAACCAGUUCGAGUUGUGCGCGCUUGCCCUGUCCCUGCUCGGUGACGUCGUCCUUCUGUCCGGCGUGUCCCAGUCCCGUCCCGAGUGGGUCCUGCUUCGAGGCCUGCGCACGCUGGCCAUUCUGCGCGUCUUCCGCAGCCUGGUGUCGGUGCGAGGCGUGCGCCAGCUUGUGCUCAUUUUCGCAGCCUCGGUGCCCGCCUUCAUCAACAUCGCCCUGCUUCUGUUUCUCGUCAUGUUCGUCUACGGCGUCCUGGGAGUCUCGCUGUUCGGAAAUCUGCGCUCCGACGACAGCUUCAGUGGCCUGGUGAACUUCGGACAGCUUUGGCGAGCACUGCUGCUGCUCUUCCGGCUGUCGACAUCCAGUGCUUGGAACGAGGUGCUCGUCUGGCUACUGCCGGCCGGCAAAGGUCUGGCGGUCGCCUACCUCGUCUCUUACCUGUUCAUUUCCAACUUCAUCAUCUUCAACUCUUAUGUCGCCGUAUUGCUGGCCGGAUACGAACAGGCGCUGAACACGGAGCUAAGCGGGCUGUCGGACGCUGACCUGGUGGACUUCGCGGCCGCCUGGGCCAAACUCGACGUGGCCGCGCGGCGUACUCUACCGCUGCGCGCGAUUCCAGUCCUGCUGGACUCGCUCCCGCGUCCUCUGCGGCUGCCCCGGCCAAACACAUUGGCUCUGGCCAUCAUGGACGUGCCCUUGCUAAGUGGGGACAGGGUCCACUACGUCCACCUGCUGCAGUCCCUUCUGCGCGUUCGCAUGAACAUGUACGAGCCCCUGUGCGAGCCGCUGCGGCGCAGCCUGGAGGCCGACGCGGCGGCCGCCUACCCGGAGCUUCGCCGGGCCGACAUGCGGCCCGUGUCGGGCACCAUGAAGCGCCAACAGGAACAGCGCGCGGCGCACGUCCUCGCCGAGUUCUUCGUGCGCGGGUGCGAGCGGCUUCGCCUGGAGCGCGCGGCUCGCACCCUGCAGAGGGCGUACCGCGCACACCGAUGGCGCCGCACCGCCACGCUGGCCAACCGCCUGCAGCCGUUCCCGCUCUUCCUGCUCACCCAGACAAAGCUGCAGUACUGGUGA